GGUACUAUAUACGUUAAAUGCAAUACAUCCUUACAUGCGCAUAUACGUACGUACGUGCUAAUGACGUAACAUACAAUCGAAUGAGCCUUUUUGCCAGCCCUACGAUUAAAAAAUUCUAUUAAAUUCCUCCCCCAUUCCGUCUGCCGCGAAGCCGCGAAGCAGCAAAGUCCGCCACAUGAUAAGUAUGUACGUAUUAUACGUUAUGUAUUUGUUUGCAUGUACUCGCCGCUCACCUGUAAGAAGGCCUUUUUUUUUAAGCGCGCUUAUCAUGCGAUGGACCAUGACGCCAUGUAGCGAGUGAACAUGUAUUAUACAUAAAAUAUAUGCCGUAAAAAAAAGGUAUAUAUAUAAUAUAUAUGUAAAUAUGUAGAGGGUACCCCUUUUUUAAUCUUCCUUUCGUUCGUUACAAAAUGGGGCCAUAAAAAUGUACCACUAUGCCCAUAUGCGUUCAAAUGUUCGCAGUUCGUAUGGCGCAAUUUUUUUUUUUAAUUUUUUUUUUUCAUACCAAAAAUGUAAUGUAUACUUAAUUUUUUUUUUUUUUUUUUCAAAUACUCUGACAAAUUAUGACGCAAUUUUUUUGCAUUAUUUUUAUACGCUCCUUUCUUUUUUUUUUCACCAUUUUGUUAUUUUUUCAUUUCUUUGCCUCUUCAUCCUGCCUCCUCUCAGCAAUCCCUCCUUUUCUGUUCACCAGAAUAGCCAUUUUUCGUUCCUUUGUUUGAUUUGUCAUUUUUUCAUCGCACGCGUAAUUGCCGCGCGGAUUUACAUGCAUUGUUAUUAUGGUAUGCUUACUAUUACGUACUUUUAUGCGUAUGCAAUUCCGUAUGACCGACCUACGUGUAUUGUAUGCAUAUUAGCCAGCCAAUCCCCUGCACUCCUUCUUUGCGUUUUUAUAUUAAAUGUAUGA